AUGUCUAUAAUUUUUCAAGCAGCAUGUACAAUUAUAGUAUGUUAUUCCUGUUUGACCAUGUCUUUGAUGUACGCCUGGCCAUCAUCUACUAUUAAAUUAUUUUUAUCUUCCAACACAACUCUAAAUAGACAAAUGGAUAACAAUGAAAUAGCAUUAUUUGGCAGUUUCUCUUCAAUUAGUGCUAUAUUUGUUACGCCAUUUUCGGGAUUUCUUCUUGAUAAAAUCGGCAGAAAGAACAGCUGUAUUUUGUUCUCAUUGCCUCAAGUGAUUGCAUGGCUCAUAGUGUCAGUUAGUCUAAGAGUUGAGGCAGUUCUCGGUGCUAUGUUCAUAUCAGGAUUUGGUGGUUGCAUUUUACUCCUAGCUCCGGUAUACGUUAGUGAGUUCUGUCAGGAAUCAGUACGAGGAAUGAUGACUUCAAUGUCAAUGAUAUCGUAUGGCCUUGGGAUCUUAGUGUCGUAUCUAUUGGGAGGUUGUUUGGAGUAUCAAACGAUGACUUAUGUUUGUCUAUCGAUGUCUGUGCUGGGUAUAUUAAUGUUGUGGCCGCUAAAGGAAUCACCGUUGCAUUUGAUGAAACAGAAUCUUGAGAAGGAUGCUGUUGAGGCUGUUGCAUUCUAUAGACGGGUAGAAAUGGAUUCAAAAGUGAUAACACAAGAGAUAAAUGCAAUGAAAAGAGUUCUUAGUGCAGACAUUGAAAACAAUCCAGAAGAAGAAAAUUUAAAUCCGAAUACAAAAAAGAAAGAAAAGAUAUCAAAAUGGCAGUUGCUUAAAAAAUCUCGUUCUACCCGUCGUGCGUUAUUCGUGGCGUUAACGUUGUAUUCAGCGACAAUGUUCCAAGGCCUUGUUGGUGUCCAGGUGUACGCUGAUCCGGUGUUCGAAGAGGCUCUACCUAACAUGCCGACGACUGUCUCGUGUGUGAUCUUGGCUAUAGUGUUUGUGCUCGCAGGAUGUGCUGCUGCGUACUUUAUGGAUAUAGCUGGGAGACGGCCUCUAAUGAUCUACUCGUCGUUUACCGCUGGCAUAUGCUGUGUAGGUCUAGGUACUCAAAUCCACUUACACUGGGGUCCGCACUGGCUGACUGGCGUCUUCGUAUAUAUCUUCUGCAUUGCUUAUAACUUCGGUGCCGGUACGGUACCUUACGUGUUUGGUGCUGAAGUUUUCUUACCUGAAAUUAAGAGUCUAGUAUCAAUGCUCUCCAUGGAAUGGGCGUGGAUUUGCAACUUUAUCAUUCUUUACAUAUUCACUCCUUUAGUAGCUGCUAUAGGAUUAGGACCUGUUUUCUAUAUCUUUGCCAUCGUCUGCUUCGCUUCUGCGAUAUUUAGUUAUUUUUACUUACCAGAGACAAAAGGUUUACCUGUUGAUGUUAUUCAAACACUCCUAGUAAAGAAUUAGGUGUGGAUCUGUGAUCCAGUGUGGUAGGUUAGGUUAGAGAUUAGUGAU